AGACUUGUAGCUGCUGCUGCUUCUCAAUAACAAUACUGUCGCCCGACCAGAAGCGCAGGAGCGGGGCUUCACUGAGAGCGUGGUCCCGAAAACACACUCACCGCUUCUCUAAUCCUGCAUCCUGAACUGCGCUGACAGCGGAGAAGAAGGUGCAAUGGAUGAAGAGGAGCAUUUUGUUAACAUAGACCUGAAUGAUGACAACAUCUGCAGCAUCUGUAAGCUGGAGACAGACACUGGAACAUUAUCUUUCUGUCAUGUCUGUUUCGAGCUGAGCAUAGAGGGCAUUUCCACUGCCACUCUUUUGCACUCCACAUCCUUGCGAGGGCACAGGGACUGCUUUGAAAAGUACCACCUCAUCGCCAAUCAGAAGCUGUCCCACAGCAAGGCCUCCCGUAGCACUUACGAGGGUGUAAAGCGAGCCCUAAGCCAAAGGAUCAGCCGCAUAGUGCAGUACGCCCAGAACAGAGACCCCAAUUCCCUUGAAGCACCCGGACGAUGGGGCUCCAAACACCAGCUUCUGUGCUACAGCCAGCAGGGCGACAGGAAGGUAGUGGCUCAGUCAGAUGCACAGGUGCCCCGCUACGCCCCCCGCUGGACAGAGAUGCCGUCUGGAGGCGAGGUGGAUGAGCUGGGCCUGCUGCAGGACUCUGGACAGGGACUGUGGAGGAGUGAACAGAAGCACACACUGCAGCAGCAGCAGGGAGCAGGAGAGCAGAGGGAGCCGACGAGGUCGAGACGGCACGCUGGGCACAGCCGAGAGGAACUUCUGAAAAUGAGUGUUGAAGAGCUCCAUCAGCUGAAUUCGCAACUGCUGUUACAGAUUCAAAAGGUCUUUGAAGAGCUUUCUGUAGUCGUGCAAGAGAAAGACUCCUUGUCGUCUCAGCUUCACGUGCGCCACAUUGCUAUCGAGCAGCUGUUUAAGAACUGCGCCAAGCUCCCCUGGCUCCAGAUCGGCCGUGCGGGAGUCAGAGCCAGCAAUGCCCCGGUGGAGUGAAGAGGCAGGACUUUACUCAAGAGGCUCAGACCUCCCUCCAGGCCAAGAGGAGCAGAAACAGCAGCAGCAGCAGCAGCCUGGAGUGGAGAAUUUCAACUCAACUCUAGUGGAUUACAAGACUACACACAGUCACAGCAGUGGCAUGCUUUUCACUGUGUGUGUGUGUGUGUGUGUGUGUGUGUGUGUGUCUCUGGUUUUAAAAGGACAGGAGUCGAGUGAUGCGUUCAACAUUGGAAGUACUUUGAAAAAAAAAACACUCUUUAAAGGCGGUCCUGUGGUUACUAUGCAGAUUGAGGUCUUCAAUUUUUUGUAAGGAAUAUUUUGUAGUUUUUUUUUUACAAUCAUGGCCUCAUCAUCAGUAUAUAUAUAUAUAUAUGUUGUAUUAUGUUGUGGUUUGUAUCAUGUUUAGUCGCUGUUUUAUUUAUUGCUCUAUUGAUUUAUUUGUUUUUUGUUUAGUUCAUGUGCAUCUCUUCCGAGUUCUGCCAGCUUAGGUGGGCUUUUUUUGGGGGGAGUUUGCUGUGCUUGAUGGACAGAGUCUGUUCCAGUUCUCACUACCCAGCAGAGCGUGCUGAUUGGCCCUGGUGUUGCUGUGGUAACUGUUGCUUAGUUAAAAGUGGUGUGUGUAUUUUUUCCCCUCACUUGGUUGGUGAUCACGGCAGUGGAACUUCUUAAUGAGAGCUGAGCAGAUUGUGGCGUCUGCUUUACUACGAGACGCUUCGUUCUGUAGCAGACGACACAAACAUUUCACCAAAAAAAAAACCCCAAAAAACUUUUGGCCUUUGUUUUUGAACCUUGAAGUGAAACAGAUUUAGUUUUGCUUAUCUUGGGAGUGAACUUACAGGCGACUCAAGGUGCUCUUUUUUUUUCUUUUUUUUUUAAACAAGUGUCUCUAUUAAUGUUGUAACUUGACUUUUAUUUUUUUCCAUCUGAAAAUGAGAGUUUGCGUGUGUGGGUUCUCUUAGGCUACUUUCCCACAGCAGGUAAAAAUGGCCCAAAUCAAAUAAUCCUAUGUGACACAGAUGUCUUAUUUAUAUAUAUAAACCAAAAAGAUAAAAAACAAAACUCAUAAAAACAGAUAAAUGAAACCAAGGACACCAGGCUGGAAUAUAUUCUAGGUAAUAAACCCAGCUGUUAGCCACUAGAACUCCCUUAUGCUAACUGCUCUUUCUUGCCUGCAUAUCAAUUUAGGAGCGUGAACUGUUCAGAUAAAUGUAGAAUAUAAUUCACAUUAAAAACAUCUGAUUUGGUGAGAAAAAUAAAAUUUGGGUCACUCUUUAACAGCUGUGUGAAUGCUUAGGUAGACCCUUAUAAGCUAGGAGGGAAUUAUGUGUACUAGGGGUGGGCGAUAUGUCUCUAAAAUAAUAUCACGAUAUUUCAGGGUAUGUUUGCGAUAACGAUAUACUUGGUGAUAUAGGAAAACUAAAAUAAUUCAUUCAUUUCAGGAAUAUAGUAUAAUAGUAUAACAGAAUAAUCAUAAUGUGGCAAAAUAAAUAAUAUAGCAUAAAAUAAUAUAAUGCAUCAAAUAAUAUUGCAGAAUAUUUAGUGCAUGCAUAUAAACUGCAAACUAAAACUUAUAUUACAUUAUAAAUACACCUAAAGCUUCACAGUAAAUAAUAGACUACUUUUAAGACAGAACAGCCCUAUUAUCACCAUAUGGAUUUUUACUAUCAUGAUAUUUCUGUGUCACGAUAUAUUGUAUACGAUAUAAUAUUGCCCACCCCUAAUGUGUACUCAGAUUCAGAUGAUAAGAAAAGCUCCCCAGAUAAUCAAAGACGAGCUCUGAAGAAGGAAAGGUCACUGCUUGACAUUUUUAUAGGGACUUUAAUAGGGGUGUCACGAUCUCGAUAUUUUAUCGAAAUCGAAUCGAAAUGAGGUCACGAUCUCGAGUAUCGAAGUCAAAAAGAGGAUCGACGAUCCCUCCCGCGCGCGCUACGCAAAUAGCGCAGCGCGCUACGCAAAUGGCGCGGCACCAACACAGCGCAUCCUAUUCAUUUAAAUAGAGAUAGCCACUGCAUGAGCGCAGUCGGCGGGAGUGUGAUCACUGUUUUUAUCUGUCCAACGGGGGAGGGGGGGGCGAGGGGAGGGCGCGCAGGUUUUGUAUCUGUAUCUAACGGAGGGGUGGGUGCGCGCAGGUGAGAGCGUGUGAACUCGCUGAAAUGCGUGUGUCAGUGUGACUUGAGAACACUGACUAUAGAUCACAGUGAGGUGGAUUAAAAAUCUUAAACUUAUAAUUGACUACACCUGUUGCUUUCCAUUGAAUUAAAAAAACAUCUUUCUCUCAGAUAAAGUAAACACAAGCGUGUUUCUGACUAAAAUAAAAGCUUUUCAGGAGAGAUAUAAGUUAUGUGUAAAUAUUUAUAAGACAAUACCCACAUCACUUAUCUAACCAGCCUGUACUGAUUUCUGCCCCCCAAUAAUGCUUUCAAUAACCUCUUGUAACCCCUGGGAGCCAGGGGUUACACUCUAAUAGCCUUUAAUAGUCUUCAGUAGCCUUUAAAAGACUUACCUGGCGGCCGUGUCCACUAAACUCCGUAGUUAUAAACAUCCUGAGGUUAGCAGCGCGCUAACUGACCUGUUUCUAAUGUAAUCCGAGCAGUGACUGCGUGUCGGCUGUUCUAACCUGCUGCUGUUAGCUGCUUGGGCUGAAAGAUGAACUGUAGUGAGCUGUAUUAUCCGGUUAGUGGGGUUAAAACCUUUAUUUGUUUACAGAAACAGUAAAAACGGACUGGCUGAGCUCUGUAGCCCGUGGCUGGGCUGUACUGAAGUAGUGACUGAGUGAAGAGAGCGGGGCUUGUGCUGCUGCAGCUCCGACUAGUGGUUGGAUGAAGAACUGCAGCUUCAUGUAAUGAGCAGUUUCACCAGCCAUCCACACACAGCUCUGAUAAACUGCUUGUUUUAAUAGUGCACACUGUUGCUACCAAAAAAAGUCACUAGAUGGCAUUACCAUAUAUAUCUUAAUAAAUAAUAAUAAUAAUAUUUAUAAUAUUUAUAAUAAUAAUAAUAAUAAUAAUAAUAAUAAUAAUAAAUAUAUUAUUUAAAUUUUAUGAGGCAUAAAAUAAUAACAAGAAAAAAAAACAAGAAAAUCGAGAAUCGAAUCGAAUCGUGACCCUCAAAUCGAAAAUGAAAUCGAAUCGAGGAUUUAGAGAAUCGUGACACCCCUAGACUUUAAGCACCUUAAAAAGAGCCUAACCAAAGCCUAUGUUGCUGCAAAGGUGACAGAAUUCAGUAUUUAUUUAUUUAUUUCCUGAAUUAUAAGUUGCUUGUUACAAGUAAUAGGAAAGAUCAUAUGUAAUGCUACCAUAAACUGUGCUUCUAUUUCAUCCAUUUGCAUUUCAAUUCACAUUUCUUUUCAUGUUUUUAAACUUUUUUUUUUUUUUAAGCUUUGUUGCGGUUCAUGUUAUGCUUUGCUUAAAAUAUGUUUUUUUUUGUUGUUGUUGUUUUCCAGUGUUUUAAUGUUUUGUUAAAAUUUGAGUUUCAUACAUUUAGUGUUUUUUCUCCCAUGUAAAGAUGCAAAGAUAUGAGGCCGGAGCUCCAUCUGGUGGAGGUCUAAAGAAUUUAUUCACUGUAGGUUUAAUCGACUUCCUUUCAGUGAAGGUUUACGUUAAAUCCCUACUGAGAGUAAAACCAUAGAACUUUCAAAUAUGUAUGAUAUCAGAAUUAUUUUAGAAAUGAAUUAGAAAAUUGCUUAUUCUAAAUUGUUUCUCUUUAUAAGAGGUACAAAUAAUACUUGACCCUUCUGGGGUUUGUAUGGAAAUGUUGUUUUGAAUUUAUUUCAUGUUUAAUGUGUUGUUGCAUGUAUGUUGUUCUGUAUGCUGUAAGUCAGACUGCAAUACUCAUCACGUUGUUGGAUGAACUGUCCUGAUUUAAGAACUCUUUAAGGGCCCUGAACCCAUUUUAAGACAUUACUUUAAAGCCCUGUGUUUUAAUUGGCAUUGUGUAAUGAUUUAUUUUAAUCAGUAUCUGGGCUACAGUGCUACGCCUAGACCACCAACACAUAGACUGUUAUUUUGUGAGCGUUUAUAUUAUGUUUCAGUGAUUUGAGUAAAGUUGAAGUGGGAUUUUGCUCAGUGUGUCUAGCAAAAUGUAUGCCUUUGUGAAUUUAGUUAUGCAUUUUUCACCAGGUUUAGAUUUCGUGCUUUUUGUAUUUUUUCCCCUUUGGUUUAUCAACUGUUUUCCUUUUUUAUAGGGUUGUAUUUGUGUUUUUCCUCUCCAACAGCUAAUGCAAUAAUGUGUGUUUGUGGAGUGUCCUGAGUGAUGAUUUGUAUUUUUUCUUUGAAGUCAGUGAAUAAAUAUAAAAAAUAUUUUCCUAGA